UGUGGUGGAUGGAGCAGGUGAGAGAGCGUAACUCUUACCCUAUUACCUAAAAGCACUGUUAUGGUGGUAACUGGAGGCACAACCAAUCGCGUGAGGGGCCGCUAUAUAAAAUAGGAAGGCCUUCCAAUUCUGCUACGAUUCAUCCGUGCCCAACAAACUGAUUCAGCACCCCCAAACACCAGAGAAUAUCAGCCUGAACAUUGCUGCUGGAGUUUCUUACUGACAGCAAGAAGAAAGCAGAAGAAAACAUGUCGCUGAGAGUCUUGCCCUUCUUCGACUCCAUCUCCAUCUCGGAGGGCCUGGUGGCCAUGGUGACGAUCUGCAUAGUGUAUAUCCUGCUUCAAAAGAGUCGAGUAAAGAUCCCUGAGGGUCUUAAGCAGCUUCCAGGUCCACAUUCCCUUCCCAUCAUUGGGAAUUUGAUGGAACUUGGGUGGAACCCCCACCUCAGCCUGACCACCAUGAGCGAGCGCUUUGGCCACGUCUUUAAGAUCCAUAUAGGGAGUCGACCCGUGGUGGUGCUGAGCGGCAGUGAAACUGUGCGGCAGGCACUCAUCAAGCAGGGAGAUGAGUUUGCUGGACGGCCAGAUCUGUACAGUUUCCAAUACAUCAAUGAUGGCCAAAGCCUGGCCUUCAGCACAGAUCAGGCUGGGGUGUGGCGCCAUCGCCGUAAGCUGGCCCAGAAUGCCCUGCGCUCUUUCGCUACCCUGAAAGGCCAAACCCCUGAAUAUUCCUGUGCCCUGGAGGAGCACAUCAGCAAAGAGGGGCUGUACCUGGUGGAGAGACUGCGCAAAGUGACGAAGGCCGACGGCUGCUUCGACCCCUUCCGCCACAUUGUGGUGUCUGUGGCCAACGUCAUCUGUGGCAUGUGCUUCGGCCGGCGCUACAGCCACGACCACGAGGAGCUAGUGAGUCUGGUGAACCUGAGCGACGAGUUCGGACAGGUGGUCAGUAGCGGCAACCCUGCUGAUUUCAUCCCUUUCCUCCGCCUCCUGCCAAGCAAGACCAUGAAGAAGUUUGUGGACAUCAACAAUCGCUUUAACAAGUUUGUGCAGAGGAUUCUCAGAGAGCAUUACGAGACUUACGAUAAGAACAACAUCCGUGAUAUCACAGACUCCCUCAUUGAUCACUGUGAAGACAGGAAGCUGGACGAGAACUCCAAUGUCCAGGUAUCUGACGAGAAGAUAGUGGGGAUAGUGAAUGACCUUUUUGGUGCUGGUUUCGACACCAUCAGCACUGCUUUGUCGUGGUCUGUGAUGUAUCUGGUGGCCUAUCCAAAGAUUCACGAGAAACUUUAUCAGGAGAUGAUGGAGAAGAUUGGAACAGGUCGUACACCUCAGCUUUCAGACAAAACCAACCUGCCCUAUCUGGACUGUUUCAUAACAGAGGUCUUCCGCCACUCCUCCUUCUUGCCUUUCACCAUCCCCCACUGCACCUCGAAAGACACAUCGCUCAAUGGAUACUUCAUUCCCAAAGAUACGUGCGUGUUCAUCAACCAAUGGCAGAUUAACCAUGACCCAGAUCAGUGGAAAGAACCCUCCAUGUUCAACCCAGACCGCUUCCUGAGUGAAGACGGUGUCGAGAUCAACAAAACCGAAGCUGAGAAGGUCAUGGUGUUCGGUCUGGGAAAGCGGCGCUGCAUCGGCGAAUACAUCGGCCGCUCUGAAGUCUUCCUCUUCCUCACCAUCCUCAUCCAGAGACUAAAGUUCAGCAGCUUGCCAGGAGAGAUGCCAGAUAUGACCCCCAUAUACGGCCUCACCAUGAAGCACAAUCGCUGCAUGCUGACCGUCGCUCCGCGGCCAGGCUUUGAGGAGUUCUGCUCAGAGAGUCUGCACUGAGCCAGCUAACGGCCGGUGGCUGAAUUUAUCCAGCUACAAAUAAACCAUUUGGCCAUUUGAGCUUGUGAAAACCUACAGCUUAAGCUAGCUAGUUGUCUGAUAAAGUAACCAGUUUGAGGAGGUAUUAUAUUGGUUGUUUCAAUACUUGCCUACUUCUAAAAAAACAUCUGUUAACAUAAUUAACCACAGUGUGUAUAAAAUCAACUCAAACUACACAGAUAUCUCAAACACUUAAAAUAAAUAAAUGUUCAUUGUGCUAAUACCCCUGUAAUCCUUCUUAAGACUGCUUGUAUGAUGGCUCCCAGAAGUUAUUUUCAGUGUUUUAAAACACAUGGAGUCCCAAACAGUAUAAAAAAAUUGUUAUGUUGACUUUACUCAAAUGUAUAUGCAAAGUUACUAAACAUACUAAACAUAAAACACACAAAAUAUUUGGAUGUAUUUAUUAGUUUAAUUAAGCUUAAAGUUUAAAAGGUAUAAUUUAAGGUAAAAUAUUCUCAUUACAAUGAACAAAGAUUACUGGGCUCAAGUCUUGCUAACUUUACUCAGAUUUAUAUGCAUUUUUUUAAACAAAAAAACCCCCCACAAACUUAUGGGCUGUACUUUCUGUUUUAAAUAAGCAAAGAAAGUUCACAAAUCAUUAUUUUACAUAAAAUAGCACAGUUUAUUGGGCUCAAUAACCAUUUUACAGUGUAGGUAAAAUCCCUCUAGAGCAGGGUUGUCCAAACUUUUUUUGUUGGGGUCCAGAAGGAGAAAUAUAUUUGAAGUCACGGGCCACAGACUCUGUAAUAAAACAAAUAAUGAAAUAUACCACUUUAAAUAAUACAUUUUUUCCUGAUUAUUUCAUUUACACACCAUUUUACUUGACUUACUAUAUUGAUCUUUGACAGUGUUGUGUAAACUAAGAUUUUUCAAAUUGAUGUUUAAUUUCAUGAUGUCUCUUAAUAUUAAACUCCUUAAUUACGGCAACUUUUAGACUCUUUGGCCCGUUUUUCUGCGCUAGAAAUGCGAACUCUCUCCGCUUUUAGACUCUUUGGCCCAUUUUUCUGCGCUAGAAAUGCGCACUCUCUCCGCUUUUACACACUUUUACCCCCGUUACUGAACAGAUAAAAAUGCAGAAUGUAUUUAUUAAGUUGCUAUAAGAUCUGGGCUGUAAUGCAGUAACAGGUCUAAGAUUAAAGAAAAAUUGAAUUGGUGAAAUGGAGACAAUGUAAUAUGGUGUAAAAUUUAAAGGUAUGAAAUGGUGCUGGAGGUGCAUCCUUUCUAUUAUUCAUUUAAUCAAUCAUUUAAUAAAUUAAUUAAUUCAAUCAAAUUGUAUAUAUCUGUAUAAUUGUGGUGUGAAACUGACAACAAUGCAAAUGUACUUAAAACAAUUUAAGUGAGUUCUAGCUUGGUACGUUUCUAUACAGAGAAGAAUUUAAUAUAAACCAAUCUGACUUAUAUUCAUAGUAUUUCUCUACUUUUAUUGUACUUGUUUGAUUGUGAUACAAACCUUUUUCUUUCACAGUCUAAAAUCUUUCUAUGUUGUGGACAAAAUCUCUUGCAUGGACCAAUAAUAAUAAACCCCUUUUUUCUCCA